AUGUCUUUUGCUACAACUACAUCAACUAUCGUUUCUGCUGCAAUGGCAGAAAGAAUUCGUUUAAAGCCUUAUAUUGUUAUUACUUAUUUGAUGACUCUUGUCCAUUCAAUUACUGCACAUUUUGUUCAUCUAGUCGGUGGAGUUUCUGGUUUAGCUGCAACACUUUAUUUAAAGCCUAGGCAAGCCAGAUUUGGAGAGAGGGGAAGUGCACAUAUUCCAACAAAUGCUCUUCUCGGAACUUUUAUGUUGUGGUGGGGAUGGUUAGCAUUCAAUACUGGGUCAACAUUGGGAGUUGCUUAUAAUAGAUGGAGACUUGCUUCGAGAUCAGCAAUGGUUACAUUAUUAAGUUCAAUAGGUGGUGGGUGUACUUCGAUUAUUAUUUCAUUAGUUUCAACGAGAAAAUGUCAAAUUGAUUUAUUAAUUGAUGGAUUACUUGCUUCUUUAGUUUCUACAACUGCUGGUUGCCACAGUUUGCGGCCAAUAGACAGCAUUGCAGUUGGAGCAAUUGGGGCAGCAUUAGCCCUUUCUGUAUAUCCAUUGGUUGAACGAUUAGAAAUUGAUGACCCUGUUGGUGUUAUACCCGUACAUGUUAUUGGCUCUGCUUGGGGGAUGAUUUGUGUUGGUAUAUUUUCGUAUGAAGAUCGUGAAACUGCUAUAGAAGACCCCAGAAAUAAAGGUGUAACAGGAAAUAGAUAUGGACUUUUUCAUGGUGGCGAUUUUGAGUUAAUAAAGGUCCAAGCUCUAUGUGUUGUUUGUGUAUCGGCAUUUUCACUUAUUGUUACAUUUCUUUCACUUAUUAUUAUGAAUCAAUUCCCUUGGGGUUUAAGAAUGACAAAAUAUGAAGAACAAUUAGGUGCUGAUUUAAUAGAACAUGGAUUAGCUGGACAUAAUAUUGCUAAUUAUUCUAUUGAAAAGAAAUUAAAUGUCAAGUGA